UUGUGAUCUUGGUUUUGCUCUCAAUGUCGAAACUUUAGUCCUAAUUGUUGAGGCCUUGAGGGUGUUUGGUUCUGCAGAUUAUUGAAAUCAUGUCUUGUAUGACAGCAAGAACAGGGCGACAGAGACAGCGGUACGAGGAUCAAUUGAGGCUUGUUUCAGGAUGUAUACCUUAUAGGUUUGAAGAGAUGGUAGGGAGUAGCGAUUGUAAUUUAGAGAAGAAGUUGCUUGUUCUGAUGAUAUCUUCACCAAAUCGAGAUGAUCUUGUCUUUCCAAAGGGUGGAUGGGAGAAUGAUGAAACCAUGCAUGAAGCUGCAUGUCGUGAGGCCCUAGAAGAAGCAGGAGUGAAGGGAGUUCUUGGUGAAACGCCACUAGGACAGUGGGAAUUCAGAAGCAAGAGCAAACAGAACAAUGGCAGCCCGCAAGGUGGUUGUAGAGGUUACAUGUUUCCCCUAAAGGUUACUGAAGAGCUCGACUCCUGGCCCGAGCAGGCCAGCUAUGGAAGAAAAUGGGUUACCAUAGAGGACUCAUUCAGAUUCUGUCGGUAUGACUGGAUGCGAGAAGCUCUUAGAAAGCUUUUGACAUUGCUCUCAGAGAACACGGAAAAUGGCCCGAGAGAAGAAAUGGACGGACUUCCACUGAGGCCAGUUAUCUCAGAAGUCGGAUCAGAGCAUAAAAUAUCAUCACCAUCCGGCUGCUUUGCUACCCAUUCUAGUGUUCAGCAGCUCGCAGCUUGAAAAAUCAUAUGUCAAACGCAUUGUUCACAGGGCUAAUGAAUCAUGUCUAUAUCAAAAUCAAAGCCUUUGUACUGAGGAUUCCCAUUGUAGUAAUUCCUAGACAUUCUUUGUUGUAUUUCUUUGGUAAUUCUGUUUAACCUGUAAAUAAAUCGUGAUUAUUAGAAGGAAUAGUUGGUUUCUCUUGUA